CCUGUUUACCUGUGAUUUUGAUUGAGUGCACAAUGGCCCAAGCUGCGUCUAAAACAUGCGAGGUUUGCGUGAGUGCCCCUGGAUCACAAUAUUGCAUAGACUGUGAGGAAUACUAUUGUGAAAAUUGCAAGUUGCUACAUAAUAGGCAGAAGUUAUCGAGAAACCACCAGUUUCAAAAAGCGUCCGACCUGAUCCCGGAAGGUAAAUCUAAAUGUAGUGAACAUAAAGAAGAAUUAACGUUAUUGUGUAAUACAUGCAAUGUACCGGCAUGUACCAGUUGUGUGACAGGAAAUCACAAAGGUCAUACAUUUUCCAAAUUUGUCGAUGCAGUUGCGAAAUUACAAGUGGAAAUGAAACGAAAAUUCGUGCCAAAACAAACGAGGCAAAUCAAAAUAUAAAGAAGAUUGAAGAAAGCUUGAAGUCGUUUGAUAAUUCUGUUGAAUCCGUUAUUAAAGCCAUAACUGACGAAGGCAGUAUGAUUAAAUGUAUGGUUGAUAAAGCCGUAGCACAGAUGAUUACCUUAGUGAAAGAACAAUCCAAGAAGGAGAAAGACAAGCUGAUGAAUAUGUUGUCUAGUGCUAAAUCCGUGCUUGUUGCCGGACAGGCCUUAGACAGAAAAAGAAAUGAACUAGAUAAGACCCGCCAAGAUGAAAGUUUGGUACAAAAGAUCAAUAAUCUGAAAGAAGAAAUUAGCAAACUCACUAUAAAGUCUCUUCCAGAGUUUCCCAAUAUAUCCUUCAAAAGGAAGUCUGUAGCUGAAGAUGACAUCAGACAACUAAUAGGAACAUACAAUAUAAGCAAUGGUGCACCAGUCUUAGAAAAAGAGGAGCAACGCCAUGAAAGAUCAUACAUAUGUUCUAAUUGUGGAUGUGGCAAAUCUUACAGUGUAAUCAAUACUCAUAAAUCUGCCAUAAGUCAGACUUUGUCUUUAUGUGACAAUGAAAUGAUAUCAUGUAGUACAGUUAUUUCUCGAUUCAUGAAAGGUAUAUAUGUCAAUAAUCCACCAAAGCCUAAAUACACAUUCACAUGGGAUGUAAGCAUUGUUCUGAGAUUUUUGAAAACAUUCUGGCCAUUAGAAGAACUGUCUUUAAAAAAUCUAACAUUAAAACUAGUGGCACUUCUUGCUUUAUCUACAGCUCAGAGAGUUCAAACUCUCAAUUGUCUAAAAUUGAGCUUAUUGACCGAUUUUGGUGACUACGUUGUCUUCACCAUUGAUGAAUUAACGAAAACAUCAAAACCUGCCAGAUGGCUUAAGGAAGUUUUGAAACUUUUAGGAAUAAAUACUGGUAUAUUCUCAGCCCAUUCCUACAGAGGGGCGUCUACUUCAUGUGCAUUUUCAUCUGGUGUUUCUUUGAAGGAUAUAUUAACAACCGCAAAUUGGACUAAUGCAAACACAUUCUACAAGUUUUACAAUAGAGAUCUGCAGUGUUCAUUUUCUAAUGAAGUUUUGUCAACCAUGGAUUAA